UGCUAAAGUUUGCCCAGAAAUUGUGUUUAGCUGGCUGACCGCAGUGCUGUUCACCUGCCAUUGUGUCAUUCCCGCCAUCAGCAUGCACAUUGUUCUCGUGUAGCUUGCCCUGUUAAGCAUACUCUCGUGUUGCUUGGAGUUGAUUGAGCUUGCUUCCCGCUUGUGUGUAGGUUGCCUUUCGAUUGCCUCUAGCUGGCUUACAGGCUGUAUUUAGUUGGCUUCUUGGAUACCUGUAGCUUGAGCACUCGCCGUCGAUGCGCGUGGACCCUCUAUGGCGGUGGGGAUGGGGCUGCAUCAUUCACGGCACAUCACCGUGAACAACGGGAAUACAACCCCAAUGGACAUCGAAGGCAAUCGCAUUUCAUUCCGUGCUCAUUGUUUCGUCUAUUUCUCUUGCCAGCAAAGUCAAUCAGAAUUCUUGGAAAAGGAGUCUUUUGGUGGCAGCACGUCAGCGGCAGUUGCCAGGCGGUGCAAUCCAGAGCACCAGCAGUGCCAAGAUACGGUCGACCAUCCUGGCUCGUUGCACCGUGCCCCCUUCUCAUGUAUCAUCCUCCAUCUCCCCCUCUUCCCUUUCUCCUGCACGCCAGCAUGUGCAUCGUGUUAUAAAAGCCACCGUCGGCUGCUGGAACCAAGCGGUGGAUCCCUCGAGACCCGAUGAUCAUCGGAGAGGCAUUAUGGCAGGAGCCGAAGAGGAAUAUACUGGAGGGGUGACGCAUAGCGGCAUUUCCAGGGCCGCGCUACCCCUCACAACUGCUUACCGCCGAAAGUUCCCGAUAAGACAUUACAAUUCCAAUGAGCGUCGCAUUUGGCUUAGAAAGGUUGAGGCGUCUAAGCUGUGGUUGGCCUCGUCUGGCACCGACAAGUAGUUGCUUGCAACUGUGCGCCCAGGUCGAGCUAGACACCCUCGGAUUGCAUACCCAGUUCGAGCCACCGACUUCGACUCCAUGCGAGCAGUGAACAAGGGGAAGGCGCCCACUGGGGGUUCGGGAGUAGGUCGCCGAUUGGUAAGAUUAUGGGAUGAUCAGGCGCGUGGGCCCUUCAGGUGAGGUGCAACCCUCUGCAUCCUGACCGGGCUGUCCGGAACGGAUGAAGUUUGCUAGAAGAGUCUCCCGCAUCGUCCGUGUAAGAUUGAAUUGGAGCUCUGAUCGCUCCACGUCCAAGGAGACGUUGGAGGCGUCCUCGCAUUUUCCAGGCGGGGCUCCAUGAAUGUUGCAGUUGUUCGGAUUGUUUGAAGGCCUCGCGUUCAGCAGCCACUGAAGCCUGAGGGAGGUGCGACGUCUGCGCCGAUAUGAGGGAGGCAGUCUUUGGGAUCAAAUCUGUACGGUGGGCUGAGGGGCUGCAGAGUAGCCGCGGGAGCUGGGCUGCCGUUUGAAGUAGCCACGGACGUUCCCAAUUAUCUGCAUCUAGGUUGCAUCACGCGAGGUUGCGCCGUGGCUGUCGAAAGAGCCACACUGGGGGGGGUAGCUUACCGCCUGGCGCCUCGCCACGACCUGCCGAUCUCGCGCGAGAGGCGGUGUCGCAACCAUGCUGGGCAGGAUUUGCAGCAUUGUGCUUUCGGAUUUGAUGUCGCGGCUUGCAAAGGAGG